AUGUCCCAUUACGCGCGCGGUGUCCCGCUCGACGCGCUUUAUCCGCGCCGCGUCGUCGUCACGGGCGUCGGACUCGUCACCCCGCUCGCGCGGACGACGGCGGAGAACUGGCGCGCGCUGCUGGCGAACGCGGGCGCGACGCGGGCGCUGCGCGAGGACGAUCUCGCGCGCGAGUGCUGGAACGCGCUCGCGGCGAGCGACGGCGCGCGGGCGCGAACGCGGCACGCGGGCGUCGUGAACCGAAGGGAAGGGUACGACGCGAACGCGUGGAGCGAUGGAGGAAGUUUGGCGUCGUUCGUGGCGUACGGACGGUGCGCGGCGAAGGAGGCGAUCGAGGACGCGGGGAUGACGAGCGCGAGGGACGCGCCGAGGGACGACGUGGGGGUGUCGUUCGGCGCGGGGAUGGGAGGCGCGAGCGAUUUAACGCGCGCGGGAGGUUGGAUGGCGAAGGGUGAACUGCGGAGGAUAUCGCCGUACUUUGUGCCGCGGAUUUUGGCCAACGCGGGGGCGGGGAGGAUAUCGAUGGAUCACGGGUUUCGAGGGCCGAAUUUGGCGGCGGCGACGGCGUGCGCGACGUCGGCGCACUGCAUAGGGGACGCGUUUAGGGCGCUACAGCGCGGCGAUGCGAACGUGAUGAUCGCCGGUGGUGCUGAGGGAUGCAUAGAUGCCGUUUCAUUGGCGGCGUUCGCCAAGGCGAGGGCGCUGAGCGCGACGGGGAGAGCGAAACCGUUUGACGUCGCGCGCGACGGCUUCGUCAUGGGCGAAGGCGCGGGGGUUUUAGUGCUCGAAACUCUCGAACACGCGCGCGCGCGAGGCGUCGAUAAGGUGUACGCCGAGAUACGCGGCUACGGCGCGUCGGGAGACGCGCACCACGUCACGCGCGCGAGCCCGGAUGGCGAAGGCGCGGCGCGCGCGAUGCGAGCCGCCAUGCGAGACGCCGGCGUCGACGAUCCGCUCGACGUUGGAUACGUCAACGCGCACGCCACGGGGACGCCUUUGGGCGACGCCGCAGAAGCCAUGGCGCUCAAAACAGUCUUCGGUGCGGACGCGAUCGAGUCUGGGCGCGUGCUCACGACGUCCACGAAGGGCGCCACCGGGCAUUUGCUCGGCGCCGCGGGCGCCAUCGAAGCCGCGUACACCGUCAUGGCUCUUCACACCGGAGACGUGCCUCCGACGUUCGGAUACGACACGGUCGACCCAAACUUACGAAUCCCAAUCGUCGGCGCUGGUGGCGUCGCGGCUCGACUGCGCGACGACGCUCGAGCGGCGAUGAGCAACUCGUUUGGUUUCGGCGGCACCAACGCCAGCCUCGUCUUCGCUCGAGCGCCACCGCUCGACGCCGCGCCGUAG